GGGGACACGCCAGUCUCAGUAUGGGCCUAUAAACUUUGAAUUACUCAAAUCCUUUUCCCAACCAAGAUCUAAGAGUCUCCUACUCUCACUCCAACCUCUUGUUUGAUUUCCCCUCACCAAAUAAUCGCCGACAACCCAAAAAAUGGCCUACGAAAGAAUUCUGUUGGGGAUGGGCAAUCCUCUCCUUGACAUUUCAGCUGUCGUGGACGAAGAUUUCUUGAAAAAGUACGAUGUCAAGUUGAACAAUGCAAUUCUGGCUGAGGAGAAACACAUACCCAUGUAUGAAGAAAUGGCUUCAAACCCCAAUGUAGAGUAUAUUGCUGGAGGAGCUACUCAAAAUUCAAUCAAAGUUGCACAGUGGAUGCUUCAAAUUCCUGGUGCAACUAGUUACAUGGGUUGCAUUGGGAAGGACAAGUUUGGGGAGGAAAUGAAGAAGAACUCAACAGCUGCUGGUGUUAAUGUUCAAUAUCUUGAGGAUGAAUCUGCACCAACAGGAACUUGUGCUGUUUGUGUUGUGGGUGGUGAAAGGUCACUCAUUGCAAAUUUAUCAGCUGCAAAUUGCUACAAGUCUGAGCAUUUGAAGAGGCCUGAGAAUUGGGCAUUGGUUGAGAAGGCCAAGUACUUCUAUAUUGCUGGAUUUUUUCUCACCGUAUCUCCUGAUUCCAUCCAGCUUGUUGCUGAACAUGCAGCUGCAAAUAACAAGGUGUUCUCAAUGAAUCUUUCUGCUCCAUUUAUUUGUGAGUUCUUCAAGGACGCACAGGAGAAAGUUUUACCGUAUAUGGACUUUGUCUUUGGCAAUGAGACAGAGGCAAGAACCUUCUCAAAGGUUCAUGGCUGGGAGACUGAUGAUGUUGCGGAGAUAGCCUUGAAGAUUUCUCAGUGGCCAAAAGCAUCUGGAACAUUCAAGAGGAUUACUGUUAUUACUCAAGGUGCAGAUCCUGUUGUUGUUGCUGAGGAUGGGAAAGUGAAGCAAUUCCCUGUAAUAUUGUUACCCAAGGAAAAACUUGUUGAUACCAAUGGUGCAGGUGAUGCAUUUGUUGGAGGCUUUCUUUCACAAUUGGUUCAAGGGAAGCCCAUAGACGUCUGUGUAAAGGCUGGCUGCUAUGCAUCCAAUGUUAUCAUCCAAAGGUCUGGCUGCACAUAUCCACAAAAGCCCGAGUUUAACUAAGCUAUUCCACUUAAUUGGCCUUCUCUCCGGUUGUUUUAAAUUUUGAUUGUUGAGAACCCUCUUGCUAAUGUUCGUUCUUUGUACUGUGCUUUUUAUUCGCUGGUCAUUACCACUGCUGUUUCCAGAAAUAGCCUGAGAAAAUUGUUAUAUGAGAAUAACAUUUUAUCCCCAUGUUGAAAUUGGAGGAAAAGAAAGGCAAAAAGGAGAGAACUCAACUAUUUUACCCUAUCAUUGUCAUUUCUACAUUCUUGCA